GGGGGGCGGCGGGCAGAGGGGGACAUGAGACGGUUCACACAGACUGUUCCUUUUACAGGAAGACUUGGGAUUGCGACCAGCGAGCGGGAGGAGGCGGGGGGGCCUGGGAACCUGGGAGCGCCGGCGCGGCCGCGUAAUCCGUCACUCCUGGGAGAUGUCUCAUUAACCCAUUAACCAGGGAGGCUGGGGACGUGCUGGGAGCAGAGCGAGGCGGCAGCCGGGGGUGUGAAAGGCAGAGCGGGGCCAGGGGAGGAGCUGGGGAGCAGACGGGGCGAGCUCCGCGCUCAGCUCGCCGCGGGACCGCGCCGCGCUCCGACACGCGUGGGGCUCCGGACACGAGUGGGGCUCCGCCGAGCCCUCAGCCCCGCGCCCUCCUCCUUGGCGGAGCCGCUCCCGGUCAGGAUGAAGCGUCUGUGCGAGGAGAGCUCGUCGGACACCGAGUCGGACGGCACCAUCGACGUGGGCAAAGAGGAGGAGUACAGCCACGUUCCCAGGUCUGUGUCUCCCACCACGACGUCGCAGAUACAAGCCAGGAAGAAGCGCAGAGGGAUCAUUGAGAAGCGGCGCCGCGACCGCAUCAACAGCAGCCUGUCGGAGCUGCGGCGCCUGGUGCCCACUGCCUUCGAGAAGCAGGGCUCAUCCAAGCUGGAGAAGGCAGAAAUUCUACAGAUGACAGUGGAUCACCUAAAAAUGCUCCAUGCCACUGGAGGAGCAGGGUUCCUGGAUGCUCGUGCUCUGGCCGUGGACUACAGGAGCAUCGGCUUUCGCGAGUGCCUCACCGAGGUGGUUCGGUACCUGGGCGUCCUGGAGGGGCAGAGCACCGCCGACCCCAUCCGCCUGCGGCUCCUCUCCCACCUCAACAACUACGUGGCCGAAAUGGAGCCCUCCCCGGCGGCCGCCUCGCUGCUCCCCGUGCAGACGUGGCCGUGGUCCUUCCUGCACAGCCCGGUGCCGCUGCCCCCGAAGGCCGCCCGCCUCCCUCCAGCGCCCGGCGAUGGGGCCGGGAUCGGCACGGCGUCAAAAGGGGGAGAGUCAGAGAAGGAUACGGUGCAGAACCCGCUGGGUUUGGGGUGA